AUGGACACGUUAAUAUGUAAAGAUAACUUGCUAUCAUCGUCAAUAUCGACGGCCACAACCUCUGAUAGGACAUUAUUUUCGUCAAAUGGAUCUGAUAGUUUUGAAGGACCAGAGAAAUUACUUGAAAUUUGGUUUGAGCCAUCACCAAAUUAUAUAGUUAAAGGCAAUUCAUCGACGAACAUUGGAUUACGCUCUGUUGAGAGAAAAAUAUGGGAUGAUAUGUUAAAUAUUGUUAAGUGUAAAAUAUUAAACAUGAUUGAAAAUGACCAUGUGGAUGCUUAUUUAUUAAGCGAGUCUUCAAUGUUUGUAUAUCAACACAAAAUUAUUCUGAAAACAUGUGGAACAACAACUCUCCUCGUAGCUAUACCUCGUCUUUUGGAAAUCGCAUCCGAGUAUUGUCAGUUUCAUAGGGUUUGGAGAGUAUUUUAUUCUCGAAAGAGCUUUAUGUUUCCUGAACGGCAAUUACACCCGCAUAAUGAUUGGAAAGACGAGGUUGCUUACUUGGAACAACUUUUCGAUAAUGGUAGUGCUUAUACUGUUGGAAGGAUCAAUGGCGAUCAUUGGUUCUUGUAUUUGACGUCACCACAAAAUGACCAAAAUGACAUCAUUUCCGAUAACGAAAAUUCAUCACGAUUACGUCAUCGUGCGGCAUCUUCAGGCCCAGAAUAUAGCGAUAGUUCUUCCUUAGACGUUAAUGUGGAAGAUCAAUGUGCAACCAACGACUUGAACUUGGACGAUCAGACAGUCGAAGUACUAAUGACUGAACUAAGUCCAAAAGCGAUGAAAAAAUUUUAUUGUAACAAUAUGGAUAAUGAUUCAGGAACCGAAGGUGGUGCACGAGUAGAUAGAGAAACAGGUUUGAAAAAUCUUUAUCCCUCGGCAAAAUUGGAUUCUUUUCUAUUUAAACCUUGUGGAUAUUCUGCGAAUGGAUUGCUUGAAGAUAGCUAUUUUACUAUCCAUGUUACUCCGGAACAGAGCUGCUCUUAUGCGUCAUUCGAAACUAACAUCCCGUUAGCACAUGGAACUAUUUCCGAGAUCAUUCACCAAGUGAUAUCUAUUUUUGAACCCGGUAAAUUUAGUGUAACCGUUUUUAAGACUCAAGGAUGUAACGUUGACAAAAAACAUCUUGUCAAUUCUUUGAGCAAUGUUGCGGGCUAUGUUCGUAAAGACAGGAUUCUUUACGACUUUGAUG